AUGGAAGGCAAAGAGAACAAGAAGGAGCCCACGCCCAACGGCGAUUUGUCGGCCGCUCAACCUUCCGCCAAACGAAAACGAUCGAUCGAGGCAGACGCUCCCCAACACACCGCGUUCGCCUCUUCUCCUCCUUCGCCGAUGCCGCAAGACGAGGAGGAGAACGAUGACGGGUCGACGUCGCGGGAAGGCAGCAGCAACGGCAACGGAAACGAAAACGGAAACGACGAGGAAGAGGGCCACAACGCGAGGAGCAAGAAGGUGGCGCGGCUAGAGGCCCGCGUAGCCGAGCUCGAGGAGGAGAACGCCCUCUACCGCUGCAUUCUCGAAACCCAGGAGGUCCUGGUCGUCGUUCUGAACACGAGCGGCCGCAUCGUGCGGUUCAAUCGGGCGUGCCAGGCGGCGACGGGCUACUGCGCAGAGGAGGCCGAGGGCGCCGACCUCUUCGACCUCCUCAUCCCGCCCGACCAGACCUCCGACGUGCGCCGCGUCUUCGACGCCCUUCACUCCGAAGACGACCACGAACGAUUCGUGAUGCCUGGACAGCAGUGGAAGAACUUCUGGCGCACGAAGGACGGACGCCUCAUACUGACGCGGUGGCGCAACGACUCCGUGGUGGCCACCGGGGUGGUGAUCGACGCGGCGCCCACGGCCAAGGACGAGUUCCUGCUACGCCGUGUCGUCCACACGCCCAGCCAGUCUCCAGCCCUCUAA